CAACAUAAAUAUUGUCAAUAGAAGCAAGAGAUGAAAACGAUCCUUGGCGGCCACAAACCAUUCAUACAAUUCGUGGUUCUGUUUAUUCCCCGUUUCAUUCAUUCUUCUCUAUAAUUUUUUUUGGCCACCCAACUUUUCAUUUUGCUUCAUUUUUUCCCUAUUUCAGCUAAGCCUAUGCUUACCCUACAACAGGGAGCAAUAGCAUAUUAUAUCAUGGUUCAAACAUGUUAACAAUUUAUGCUCCAAGAGCUAUUCUCAACUGCCAAUUAUACCAACAAGAUUCAGCUUACGUGCUGCCACAAACAUACUAUUCAUACAAGAUCAAUAAUGUUAAUUUAGUAAAUUAUCCUGCUUUUCCUAAACUACCUUGUGGAAGAAGUCCUUGUAGCAACAUUUUUCAUAGUUCAUCCUUCUCUUGGAAAUAUGAAAAGCAACACAAGAGCCUUCAUAAUAUAUUCCAUCAUAAAUGUCUGCAGUGUGGUUUACAUGAUUCAAUUUCAUCUAAUGAUGAGUACCGUUCUUCACGCAACAUAGCCAUCACCUUGUUCAAGCGAUACAGGAAUUUCACUGAUCGUGGCGGAGGUGACAAUCUAAAAGAGUUCAUCACUGCCGGGGUGAAUGCAUAUGAACUUGGGUGCACUGAUGAAGGAUUAAGGAAAGAGCUUACCGACAUUAAGGAUUCUGGCAUUGAAAUUGAAGCAAUGCAAAGCUAUGGUGGGAGCACAAGCUUGAAAUCUAAAAUCAUCUCCGGGGAGAUUGAUGAAUGCAUUCUGUGGUUAAGUAUUAUAUUUAUCACUCUCUUGUGUACACCUCCACCAACUAUUGUUAGAUGGUCAUCAACACCUCCUGUGUCAGAUGAAGUGAGGCUUCAGUGGAAAGGAUUUUGUGCUCUCAUAGCAAAUGCAUAUUUCAUGAAGGGAAUGGCUUGGCUUCCAGUAAAGACUCUUCAACUAGAGCAAACAGCAGUGAUGGGUGAAGCCGAGAAACCGUCAGUUGUUGCUAGCCGAAUGCAAUUAAUAUUUAGCACACUUGAGAUAGUGAGUCCGCAGUGGCCAAAAGUAUAGAGAAUGAGAGCAGAACAGGUUUACAUUUUCCCAAAAUUCCAUGUUGACAGCUGUGUUUCACAUUUGCUGACGAGGGCAACAAUGUACCAGAUAUGGGA